CUUAAAGCACCAGCUGGCGAGCAAUGCAUGGAGCAGAUUUGUAACCAACUUACAUCAUCUUCAACAUGAAGAUAGCCACAGUGCCACUGCUUCUGACCCUGGCUCUUUGCCUCAUACAAGAUGCUGCCAGUGAGGAUGAAAAUCAGGAAACAUGCAAUGAAUAUCGGGCCAUGAUGAAAAAUGGAAAAUUGUUCUGUCCUCGAGAUAAAAAAUUUUUUGAAAGGCCUGAUGGAAUAAUGUUCAUCAACAAAUGUACCACAUGCAAAAUGAUAUUGGAAAAAGAAGCAAAAUCUCAGAAAAGGGCCCAGCAUUUAGUCAGAGACACCAGGGCCACUGCCUCAGCAAAGGACAUGUGUAGCGCUUUUCGGCCUUAUGUGAAGGAUGGAAGACUUGCAUGCACAAGGGAAAAUGAUCCAGUUCUUGGUCCUGAUGGGAAGACGCAUGGCAAUAAGUGUGCGAUGUGUGCUGAGCUGUUCUUAAAGGAAGCUAAAGAAAAUGCCAAGCAAGAAGGUGAGACCAGAAUUCGACGAAAUGCUGAAAAGGAUUUUUGCAAAGAAUAUGAAAACCAAGUGAGGAAUGGAAGACUUUUUUGUACACGGGAGAGUGACCCAGUCCGUGGCCCUGAUGGCAGAAUACAUGGCAACAAAUGUGCCCUGUGUGCUGAAGUUUUCAAACGGCGUUUUUCAGAAGAAAAAAAUAAAGGAGAUAAAAACGUGAGAAAGGUUGAAGAAAAAGUUAAAGUUAAGAGAGAAAUUGGGAAAAUCUGCAGUGAAUAUCAGAAUCAGGCAAAGAAUGGAAUACUCUUCUGUACCAGAGAAAAUGACCCUAUUCGUGGUCCAGAUGGGAAAAUGCAUGGCAACUUGUGUUCCAUGUGUCAAGCCUUCUACCAAGCAGAAGCUGAAGAAAAGAAAAAGGCAGAAGCAAAAGCAAGAAGUAAAAGAGAAUCUGGAAAAGCACCCUCAUAUGCAGAGCUGUGCAGUGAAUACCGUAAGUUUUUGAGGAAUGGAAAACUCCCUUGCACCAGAGAGAAUGACCCCAUCCGAGGCCCAGAUGGGAAAAUGCAUGGCAACACCUGCUCCAUGUGUGAGGCCUUCUUCCAAGCAGAAGAAAAAGAAAAGAAAAAGAAGGAAGGUGAAUCAAGAAAUAAAAGACAAUCUGAGAAUACAACUCCCUUUGAGGAGUUGUGUAGCGAAUACCGCAAAUCCAGGAAGGAUGGACAACUUCUGUGCACUAGAGAGAACGACCCCAUCAAAGGCCCAGAUGGGAAAAUGCAUGGCAAUAUCUGUUCCAUGUGUGAGGUCUUCCUUCAACAAGAAGAAAGAGCGAGAGCAAAGACUAAAAGAGAAGCUGCAGAGGAACUCUGCAGUGAAUUUCGGAACCAAGUGAGGAAUGGAAUGCUCAUAUGCACCAGGGAGAAUGAUCCUAUCCGUGGCCCAGAUGGCAAAAUUCAUGGAAACAAGUGCGCCAUGUGUGCAAGUGUGUUCAAACGUGAAGAAGAAGAAAAGAAAAAUAAUGGCAAGGAAAGAAAGAAGAAAGUUGAGGCUGAGAAAGCUAAGAGAGAAGCAGUACAGGAGCUGUGCAGCGAAUACCGUAACUAUGUGAGAGAUGGACGACUUCCCUGCACCAGAGAGAAUGACCCCAUUGAGGGCCUAGAUGGAAAAAUCCAUGGCAACACCUGCUCCAUGUGUCAGGCAUUCUUCCAGCAAGAAGCAAAAGAAAAAGAAGAAGCUGAAUCUAGAGCAAACGCUAAGAGAGAAGCUAAAAAGGAUGCAUGCAGUGAAUUUCGAAGCCUUUUUCAAAAUGGAAGUCUUUUCUGCACACGAGAAAAUGAUCCCGUGCGUGGCCCAGAUGGCAAGACCCAUAGCAACAAGUGUGCCAUGUGUAAAGCAGUCUUCCAGAAAGAAGAUGAAGAAAGAAAGAGAAAAGAAGAGGAAAAUCAGAGAAAUGCCGCAGGGAAUGGUUCCCGUGGUGGAGGAGGGAAAUCUCGGGACCAGUGUGCUGAGUUUCGGCAAAUAAUGAAAGAUGGAAAACUCAGCUGUACUCGGGAGAGCGAUCCUGUACGUGAUGCUAAUGGCAAAUCUUACAACAAUAAGUGUACCAUGUGUAAAGAGAUACUGCAAAGAGAAACAGAUGAAAAAAAUAAGGAUUCUGGUAACAGAUCAGAUGAGACUGACUCAGCAUCACAAAAGGAUGAAUGUGAUGAGUUUAGAGGCCAAAUGAAAAAUGGACAACUUAUCUGCACCCGAGAGAGUGAUCCUGUCCGGGGUCCACAUGGCAAGACACAUGGCAAUAAGUGUACUAUGUGUAAGGAAAAACUGGAAAGAGAAGCAAGUGAGAGAAAAAAGAAAGAGAAGGACAACAGCAGAAAUACAGGAGAAAGGAGCAGUGAAAAACAGGAUCAGUGUUAUGAAUUCCGGAACAUGGUGAGAGACGGAAAGCUUAUCUGCACCAGAGAAAAUAACCCUGUUCGAGGUCCGGAUGGCAAGAUGCAUCCCAACAAGUGUGCCAUGUGUGAGAGCAUCUUUGAGCGAGAAGCUAAUGAAAGAAAAAAGAAUGAUGAAGAAAAAUCAAAAGCCAAGCCCUCAAAAGAUGCAAAGGACCAGUGCAGAGAGGCUCGGAGUGAAGCGGAGGAUGGAAAAUUUAGACAGUCUGAGCCUCCUUUGGCCUCCAUUGUCAAGAUAAGUGCAGACGAAUGUAGUCAGUUUCGGGACUACUCGAGGAAUGACGAGCUCUUGUGCACUCGAGAGAAUGACCCCGUGCAUGGCGUUGAUGGAAAGUUAUAUAAAAACAAGUGCUACAUGUGCAGAACUGUCUUUCAAAAAGAAGCUUUAGAAAGGGCAAGAAUUCGAGAAAAGCCAUCCCAUGUUAGAUCUUCUAAAGAGGAACACAGCCCAGAUUCCCUCCAUUCCUCUCUGGAUUCUGAGAUGUGCAAACACUACCGAGUGUUGCCUAAGAUGGGUUACCUUUGCCCAAAGAAUUUACAGCCUGUCUGUGGCGAUGACGGCCAGACAUACAACAAUCCCUGCAUGCUCUGUCAUGAAAAUCUAAUGCGCCAAACUAACACACACAUACGCAGUGAAGGGAGGUGUGAGGAGAGCAGCACUCCAGGAACCACAUCUCUCAGCGCGCCAGCAUCUGGCAAAUGAUGUGAGAAUUGGUGAAAGCCAUGAGGGAAAAUUAUACCCCAGUUCUGAAUUGCCUACCUUCACCAUCUGUAUAUUCAAAUAAUUCUUCAGAGCUCGUCUCAUUUACUGUAGAAAACCAUACAGAGCUGUUGGGGGAAUGGACUCACUGACUUUCAGUCUUUUCCACCUCUUUCCUCCUAGAUUCUGUGAUCUGAGCGCACAGAGACACCUCCACCGAGGCUGUGCUCUCGAAACCUCCUAAUCACAAUGCUGUCUGUCCAACUGCUUGUUCAAUAAAAGUAAACCCAGC